GUAAAAAAUCUAAAAAUGACAAUUUGUAAACAAAGCAUAAAAAUUUCUAUUUUAUUAGAAUAAUUUAUAUGUUGUUAUUAUAGUUAUAUUUAAUAAUUAUUUAUAAGAAAAUACACAAAAUGGCUUCUAGAUUUAGUGGUGCUCUACAAUUGACUGAUUUGGAUGACUUCAUAACACCGUCUCAGGAAUGUAUCAAACCAGUGAAAAUAGAAAAAACGAAAAGUAAAACAGGAGCCAAAAUCAAAAUAGGCGAAGAUGGCUAUUUUGAUUUAUCUACCGGUACAGAACAAAAACUGCAGAAGGUGGAAAUUACGCUAGCUGAUUGCUUAGCUUGCAGCGGAUGUAUCACUUCUGCUGAGAGUGUCCUUGUCACGAAACAAAGUCAAGAAGAACUUUUACGAGUAUUAUCAGAGCGGAAGUAUACAGACUCUCAUGGUGUGAGCAGAGAUGUGGGCUUGGUGGUGAUUUCUCUGUCUCCACAGCCCAUUCUAUCACUAGCAGCCAGAUAUAAGCUCAGCCCAGAUGAUACUACCAAGAAACUAGCAGGAUUCUUCAAACAGUUGGGGGCAGACUUAGUACUCGAUAUGACAGUUGCAGAGGACUUAUCUCUAUUAGAAGCACAACAGGAGUUCAUUGAGCGAUAUAAUAACCAUCAGGACGACCCUAGUGGUAAACAUUUACCAAUGCUUGCGAGCUCAUGUCCAGGUUGGGUAUGUUACGCAGAGAAAACACACGGGAACUUCAUCCUGCCGUACAUAUCGAGUACGAAGUCUCCUCAGCAGAUUAUGGGCUCGCUGGUGAAGCAGCAGCUGUGUCGGCAGCGGGAGCUGAGCGCGGGUUCCAUCUACCACGUGACUGUGAUGCCCUGCUACGACAAGAAGCUGGAGGCGUCACGCGAGGACUUCUACAGCGACGUGCUGUCGUGUCACGACGUGGACUGUGUCAUUACCGCCAUUGAGCUGGAGCAAAUGUUGUCUAACAGAGACCUUUCCCUGGCUGACGUAAACGGCGUGGAACUAGAUCGCGUGUGGGGCGAAGAGGCGGGCAUUCGGAGACACGUGGGCUCGGGCUCUGGGGGCUACGCAGACCAUGUGCUGAUGUACGCGGCUAGGCAACUGUUCGGAGAGGAGGUGCAGCCUGUGUAUAAGAACCUGAGGAACCCAGACUUCAGGGAGGUGACGCUGGAGCGAGAGGGUACCGUACUGCUGCGAUUUGCGAUCGCCAACGGCUUCCGUAAUAUCCAGAAUUUGGUGCAAAAACUGAAGCGUGGCAAGUCGCCCUACCACUACGUUGAGGUUAUGGCGUGUCCCUCAGGUUGUCUGAACGGUGGCGCGCAAGUCCGACCGUCACAAGGGGAGAGUACCAAAGAGCGAGUCGGUGAGCUAGAGACAUUGUACAGGGGUCUCUCGCUCGCGGAACCCGAGCGCAACGCAGCCGUCGCUCGGCUGUACUCGGAGUGGCUCGGCGGCGCGGGCUCGGACAAAGCGGCCGCCAUCUUGCACACCAAGUACCACGCGUUAGAGAAACAGGACAUUGCACUCAAUAUAAAGUGGUGAUUGUGGGGAGAGACGAAAACAAUUUAGUUAAGAACAACUCUGUUCCUCGAAGGAAUCAAAUCUGUCCUCUGCUACUCUCUAUUGUCACCACUGCAAACGAAGUACUUGCAUAUGCUGCAGCCUGCCAGAUACAACUCUACAGCACUAAUGCCCAUUUUCACCAAUGGUUUGGGAUUUACUAAUUUUAUAGAUACCCGUUUAUGCAAAGAAUUAUAUGAUUAUAUUAACCGAUAUUAAAGGAGACCAGAAGGUCUCUAAUAAUAAGUUAUCUUAAAUUUUAAUAUUUACCGGUAAAGAGUUACGAUUGGCACAUUCUUAUGAAAAAGGCCUGUCACAUAGGUAAGUGUAGUUCACUGGGUGAAACGUAUUCUUAGACAGGGGUCCUUUAUUUUAACAGGCACAUAGUUAUGUAUCGACUUAGGCAACGUUGGUGAAAUAGCUUAUAAGAGUCUGGUUCUUCCUGGAAGCAACGGGUCUAAGAAGUUAAAUUUGCAAUGGCACAUGAAGGUCAAAAACACCGUAAAGAUUCAUCAUAAAUCUUAAUUGAAAAGCGUUAAUAGAGUUAAGAUUAUGCGGUUUUCAAGGAACUUUCUUCCACGUACUACAAAGCUGUGGAAUGAGCUUCCUUGUGCGGUAUUUUCGGGACGAUACGAUAUAGGUACCUUCAAAAAAGCGAGUACACCUUUAAAAAAGCGAGUACACCUUUAAAAGGCCGCAACGCUCAUGUAAUUCCGCUGGUGAUGGAAGCGAAUCUCGUUUGUCUUCCUAAUCUAUAAAAAAAAAUAUAUAGGCCUAUUACUUACUCUUUUAAUAGUCUUGUUUAUUGCAAAUUUAUUCCACUAGUAAAACCAAGUAUACUUAUGGAUUUAGAUAAAUAUUGAUGUAAUAAACUGUGUUUUAGGGACUGAUUAAUCUUGUAAGAUUUAUGGCCGUUCCCAAUAUUCAGUCUAUCUCAUACUUGAGAUAAAAAUCGUAACCAUCGUUGACUUUUCUGUCCCAAUAAACUUAUCGACGGUAACUCAUCUUAUCCGUACACGCUGUCUGUCAAUGGGACGACGUAUAGCUUACCAACCUUACUUACUAGCGUCCCAAUAUAGGGCGAUAAUAAUGACUUAUCGGGUAUAUUGGGACAGCUUCAGAGUAUUGACAGCUAAUUACUACAGUAGACGGUAGUAAUUUCUCUCUAUCUGUAGAUAGUAUAUUGGGAACGGCCGUAAGUUGAAUGAAAUUAUUGUUGAUUCGGUUUUUAAGUUUGUUUUGAGCAGUUUGUUAUUUUUUAAGUUAUAUCGUUCACGUCUGGGAUUAUGUAUACCAGUUUUAGCUGGGGCGUAACUCGAGGGUCGUUGGCACUAAUCUCACAUCCCCCAUAAAUUUGUAGAAAUUAAGUUUGUUUUGAAUGGUUCUAUUCAAAUGUUCCGUUUAGUAUAAUAUUGUGUAUUUGUGAGUGGAACUGUAUAUUCAAUUGAAUAAAUAAAUAACGUAUCUGCCACGUAUUAGCAUAAGCGAUCAUGCAAUGGUUUGUGUAUAAUGUAUAUGUAGUUGUAAGAAAUUGUUAUGUAAAUAUAUAAUAUGUUAAAAUAUUAUAAUAUACUUUA